AUGCAAACAUUCACCAGUCAUAUAAUUAGGGUUCCUCAGAUAAAACAAUCCAAUGGAGAUACCACCACCUCUACUAAUAAUAAUGUGGAAGUUAAAGAGGAUGAAGAGAAAGCAGUGUGCAGAAUAUGCUAUGAUGUUUGUGAAGAAAGAAAUACCAUAAAUAUGGGAUGUAGUUGUAAAGGCGAUGUUGGAUUUAUACACGAAGAAUGCGCUGUUAGAUGGUUCAAGUUUAAAGGUAACAAGAAAUGCGAUGUUUGUGCCAAAGACGUUUCCCACUCAACCAUAACAAGUUUGCCGCCGCCAUUGCCUCAGACACUACCCCCACCAUCAUCGCCACUCAGCUCGUGGAAGGUGUUUCUCAUACUUGUGGUGAUUAAUACAAUAGCCUAUUUCUUCUUCAUAAUUCUAAUUGGUUGUAGGAAGUGGAUAGCUAAAACACUCAUAAUUCUUGCACCUUCUUUUGUAUUGGCUAUUUUAGCAUCACUUUUUGCUGUAUUUAUAGGGAAGGAGUGUACAUGGCUAUAUGCAUUUGCAGAAUUUGCAUUCUUUGUUCAAUUUUUCGUAAAAUUCUACUUCAGCGUAAGUGUUUUACGUUUUAUCUUCUUUUUGUAA